AGGGCGGCUGACGAAUGGCGCGCAGGCUGGGGGGUAAAAGAAGAGAGCCAAUGACCGGUGAGGAGGGGGUGUUCUGUUCAGCGGAGACAUGAAGAGUUGCAAGGAGUGGCGGAGGAGGAUGAGGAGGAGGAGGAGAGCGGGUGCACGAGGGACGGCGGGUAGUGCGCGAGUGCGCCAGGGAGGAGAGCAGGUCGAGGCGUGAUCCAGACAGAGUGGAGGACCGAGAGAAAAAGGCGGAGCACUGAAAGGCAGGAGAGACUUCUCAUCUCCGGCAGACUGAGCCGCACGCGCGCAGCCUUGUUUGAUCCAUACUUCCAAGAGGUCUACCCCUUCCACGACGGCUGGAACGUGGCCUGUUUCAUCAUCCUCCUGCUUUUCAUCCUCACCGUCCUGUCUCUGGCCGCCUUGGCGGUUCUCUACGAGCUGCUGGACUGCGGGUGCUGCGCCAAAGGGAAGACGCACCACCAGCUGCAGGAAGAGGGGCCGGGAAGCUGCAGCAAGCUCAUGACCAGCAUUUGCAAGGAGCCAGAAUCCCACACCGAGGUGGUAUAG